AUGACAGUUAAAACAUACCCAUGGUGGAAAGAUUCCACAAUCUAUCAAAUUUGGCCAGCUUCAUUUAGAGAUUCCAAUGGUGAUGGUUUUGGUGAUAUUCCGGGUAUUAUUAAAAGUUUAGAUCAUAUCAAAUCUUUAGGUGCUUCAGUUGUUUGGUUAUCACCUCAUUAUGAUUCCCCACAAGAUGAUAUGGGUUACGAUAUUUCAAAUUAUGAAGCCAUUUAUGAAAAGUAUGGUACAAUGGAUGAUAUGAAUCAAUUGAUUGAAGAAGUCCAUAAAAGAGGGUUAAAAUUGGUUUGUGAUUUAGUUAUUAAUCAUACUUCAUCUGAACAUGCUUGGUUCAAAGAAUCAAAAUCUUCAUUGGAUAACCCAAAAAGAGACUGGUACAUUUGGAGAAAACCACGUUAUGAUGAUAAAGGUAACAGAUUACCACCAACCAAUUGGUUAUCUCAUUUCUCAGGUUCUGCUUGGAAUUACGAUGAAACAACUGAUGAAUAUUAUUUAUGUUUAUUUGCUAAAACUCAACCAGAUCUGAACUGGGAAAAUGAAGAAACCAGAAAUGCAAUCUAUAAAUCUGCUUUAGAAUUUUGGUUCAAAAAAGGUGUUGAUGGUUUCAGAAUUGAUACAGCUGGUAUGUACUCAAAGAAAUUUGCUAAAGAUGGUAAAUCAUUUGAAGAUGCUCCAAUUGUUUUCCCAGAACAAUAUUAUCAACCAUCAAGUGAUUUCACCACCAAUGGUCCACGUAUCCACGAAUUCCACAAGGAAAUGUUUGAAAAAGUCACCUCGAAUUAUGAUGUUUUGACUGUUGGUGAAGUUGGUCAUUGUUCAAAAGAAGAAGCAUUGAAAUAUGUUUCAGCUAAUGAAAAGGAAAUGAACAUGAUGUUCUUAUUUGACGUUGUUGAUGUUGGUUCAGAUAAACAAGAUAGAUUCCGUUAUAAUGGGUUUACUUUGAAAGACUUUAAAGAUGCUGUCGCUGCUCAAAGUGAUUUUAUUAAAGGUACAGAUGCUUGGUCAACUGUCUUUAUUGAAAAUCAUGAUCAACCUCGUGCUGUCACAAGAUUUGGUAACACUUCAAACAAACAAUUAUGGGCCAAAUCAGCCAAAUUAUUAGCAUUAUUACAAACUACUUUAACUGGUACUUUAUACAUCUACCAAGGUCAAGAAAUUGGUAUGACCAAUUUACCAAGAUCAUGGGAUAUUGAAGAAUACAAGGAUAUCAAUACCAUCAAUUACUGGGCUCAAUAUAAGGAAAAGACACCAAAUGACCCAGAAGCUGAUAAGAAAUUAUUGGAUGUUAUUAACUUAGUCGCUAGAGAUCAUGCAAGAUCUCCAGUCCAAUGGGAUGACUCUGCUAAUGGUGGUUUCUCAACUGGUACACCAUGGACUCGUGUUAAUGAUAAUUACAAAGAAAUUAACGUUAAAGCUCAAACUGGUGAUCCAGAUUCAGUCUUCUCUUUUUACCAAAAUGCCAUUAAAGUUAGACAAUUACACAAAGAAUUAUUCAUCCAUGGUGAUUUUGAAAUCUUAGAUUAUGAAAAUGAUAAAUUGUUCACUUAUGUCAAAUCUUCAGCUGACCAAAAAUCUUAUGUUGUUUUGAAUUUCUCUAAUGAAGAUGUUCCAUUCAAACCAUUAAUCAGUGGUGAUUUGAAAUUGAUUAAUUCUAAUGUUAAAGAUGUCAACGAAAAUACUUUAACUCCUUAUGAAGGUAGAGUUUACUUAGUUGAAUAA